CCGCAACGGACAACAAUGAUGUCCGUGCUCAAUGGUGACAGAUGAGUGUUUGAGAAAAUUUCUUUUGUUUUAAACAGGUACUUGAGCGGAAUAAUUUGGAUGAAGAUGGGGGUCGUAAGGCACGUCGUGUGCGCCAUGUCGGGCGGCGUUGACAGCUCAGUCGCGGCCUUAUUGCUCAAGAAAAGAGGCUAUAACGUGACCGGGGUUUUCAUGAAGAACUGGGACUCCCUGGAUGAAAGUGGAGUGUGCGCCACAGAGAAGGACUGUGAGGACGCCUACAAAGUGUGCCAGAUGCUGGACAUCCCCUUCCAUCAAGUAUCAUAUGUUAAAGAAUACUGGCAUGAGGUUUUCAGUAAUCUGUUAAAGGAAUACGAGAAAGGAAGGACUCCCAACCCGGAUAUACUCUGCAACAAACAUAUCAAAUUCAACCAUUUCCACAAGUAUGCGAUCAUAACACUAGGUGCUGGCGCCAUGGCGACCGGCCACUACGCGAGGACUUCCCAAGAAGAUGAGGAGGUUUUCCAGCAGACCCCCAAAACAGCGCCCCUUGUGCUCUUCAGAAAUCGUUUUGAGUUCCGAAACCCGGUGAGGCUGCACAAGGGGGCCGACCUCGUGAAAGACCAGACCUUCUUCCUCAGCCAGAUCUCCCAGGAUGCGCUGCGGCAGACCCUGUUCCCGCUCGCCGGCCUUACCAAGAACUUUGUGAAGAAGGUGGCGGCUGAAGCGGGCUUUCACCAUGUGCUGAAGAAGAAAGAGAGCAUGGGCAUCUGCUUCAUUGGAGAGAGAAACUUUGAAAAUUUUAUCCUGGAGUACCUCAAACCUAAACCUGGUAACUUUGUGUCCAUUGAGGAUGGGACUGUCAUGGGCACACACAAAGGUUGGUUCACUCUGACGCUGGGCCAGAGGGCGCGGAUCGGAGGACAGAGGGAUGCCUGGUUUGUGGUGGAUAAGGAUAUCAAUACAGGCGAUGUGGUUGUGGCUCCGUCGACCAAUCACCCGUCUCUUUUUCGCGACAUCCUGCGCACGGAGCGCUUCCACUGGAUCGCCGAGGACCCGCCGCCAGAACUGGUCCGGACCAAGAUGAUGGAAUGUCACUUUCGCUUCAUCCACCAGAUGCCGCUAACUCCCUGCACUGUGACUCUCAACAUGGACGGUUCUGUGUGGAUCUCACUCGCGCAGCCUCUCAGAGCUUUAACACCUGGACAGUUCGCAGUGCUCUACAAAGGCGAUGAGUGCCUGGGAAGCGGGAAGAUCAUCCAGCUCGGGCCAAGCGAAUUUACCAUCCAGCGAGGUCGGGAAUGUUCGGCAGCUACUCAGCUCGAUAAUCACAAGCAGAACCCAGAACCGGUCAGAUGACACGGCCUCAUGCCGACCCGAUGGGUAAACUCCCGGUUACAUUACAAACUAAGUAAGGGGUGUCAAACUCAUUUUCGUCACGGGCCGUGUGCUGUCAAUGUAUAAUCACAACAUCCAUAUUAUUUCAAUGGCCACAUUCAUUUGAAUGUUUUGACAUCAUUUGAACAACAAAUUGAAUUCAAAAUCACAAGUCAUGGAAAAUAGUGGCUAGCGAAGAUUUCAAAAUACAACUUUGUGUCCACAUUUAUGUUGUUUGACAAUUGCAAUGUCAAAUGAAAAGGACAAAUCCAUUUAGACAUGAAAACUGCAAUAGGCGUACUUUAUUUGCUUUAGUGAGUCACAUCAAAUGACGUGGCGGGUCGCAUUGAGUUUGAAAUCCAUCUUUUAUGUGCACUACUUCUUUAGUAUUUAUUGCAAAUGUUUUGAAAUGAAUAAAUAGAAUGGCAGUGUUAAGCACUAGUCCUAUACCCAUGUUGCCUCCAACGUCAAAAUUCUUGUCAGAAUCAUUUUCAGAAUCAAAAAAAAAAAAAAAAAAGUUACUAUUGUAUGUUUUAUUAAUGAUCUAUAGUAAUAUUCUUUUAGUAAGUAGUAAAAGUAAGAAUACCAAAAAAAAAAAAAAAGGCUCACUAAAAUGUAGUUAAUUGAAAAGGUAACAUUGACAUUAUCAAACGAACUUAUCAUGAUCUUUUGAGAUCGUCUUAUGAGAUGAUAUUAUGACAUUUCUCGAUAAGGUAUUGGAACUUUAAAACAAGAUAAACGGGCAACGUUAGUAAUGAUCGAAAAAGGCGUUAACCUAGAGUAUGGGUCGUUUACAAUACAAUUAAAUUCUACAUAUGUGUAUUUUCUGAUGGAUUUUGAAAUGAAGGGGGUUGUACCAAGGAAAACGGCUCUGGCAAUCGGGAAGUCGGUUCCUCAUUGGUCAAAAUGGAGGGGCAUCAAUAAUGUGAUAAGUUCUUGUUAUAACGUGAAAAAGAUAGAUUAUAGCAGUGAACUUCCCGUGUUAUUAUGUGAUACCUGUCACAUAUUAUGAUAAUGACACAGUGCGGCAGCAAUACUAUUCUGCACUGAUAAGUCUAUAAACAUCCAUCCGCCUUCGAUGCAUAAGCUGAAUGUGAAAAGCUAAAAACUCACAGGAAUAUCAUUCAAUAUUUGUUAUAUUUAUUUCUUUUUCUGUUAGCUAAUGUACAUAUCAAGGAGCAUGCUAUUAAAAAUGGUC